UACACUCACACUAUUCUCUCUCUACAAAGCCUACUCGUAUAAUCCCCAGACCCCAAUACACGCUUGUCCCCACUAGAUUCUCUCUCUCUCUCUCUCCUCCUAAAACCCACCACUGCCUUGAAAUCUUCGUUCUAACCAGUUUUCCUCGUUGUUGCUCCGCAUUAAAACCACUCUCUCCAGAAACCCAAAUUUCCUCAUUGCUAUAAACCAAACACCACCUCUACUCGAAAAAAGCUUCUUCGUCGACUACGAGGAUACCUCAGUCAAAUCCCUCCCUAGAAUCCUCUGCAUAGAAAUGUCUAUAUAGAGAGAGAGAGAGAGAGAGAGAGAGAGAGAGAGUACUAUCGUUUCUCAGUUGCAAAAAAAAUCUCAGUCAGUACCUUGGGUUUUCCAAAAAAAAAAAUGGAGAAAAAACAGGGCUUCUUUUCGGCACUCAAAGAAGAGGUAGUCCGGGGGUUGUCACCCGCGAGGUCACGCGCGAAGAGUCCGGCGAGGAGCGCCUCGCCGAUGGCGGCGCUGCUCCGGCGGCGGAAGAGCCACCGCCACGCGGCGAACCCGGAGGCGCUGCUGAUCGGGAGGUCCGGGAGCCUGAGGCCGGUGAUGGAGGGUCCGGAUCCGGACGGAGGCGAGGCCGGGGACUCGAAGCGGGUCGGGUCGGGGCUGGGGCACUGGGUGAAGGGACAGCUGGCUAGGGCUCCGUCUGUUGCUUCUUCGAAUAGUAAUAAUGCGUACAAGAGGUCUGAUCUGAGACUGUUGUUGGGUGUCAUGGGCGCUCCUCUCGCCCCCGUGCACGUUAGCUCUAGCGACCCUUUGCCUCACCUUAGCAUCAAGGAUACUCCCAUUGAAACUUCAUCAGCGCAGUACAUAUUACAGCAAUAUACUGCUGCAUCAGGAGGGCAAAAGUUGCAAAACUCCAUUCGGAAUGCAUAUGCUUUGGGAAAGGUGAAGAUGUUAGCUGCCGAAUUUGAAACUGCUGGAAAGGUAAUGAAGAACCGGAGUGCUGCGAGAGAUACCGAGUCAGGUGGAUUUGUCCUCUGGCAGAUGAAUCCAGACAUGUGGUACGUCGAGCUUUCUGUGGGGGGAAGCAAGGUUCAUGCAGGCUGCAAUGGUAAGAUUGUCUGGAGGCACACCCCAUGGCUUGGGGCCCAUACUGCUAAAGGGCCCGUUAGACCCUUACGCCGUGCCCUUCAGGGUCUUGACCCCAGAACAACUGCUAGCAUGUUUGCUAAUGCAAGAUGCAUUGGAGAGAAAAAGAUCAACGGCGAGGAUUGCUUUAUCCUCAAGCUUUGUGCCGAUCCUCUGACCUUGAAGGCAAGAAGUGAGGGCCCUGCAGAGAUAAUAAGGCACGUUUUGUUUGGCUACUUUAGCCAAAAGACGGGCCUUCUUGUUCACAUGGAGGAUUCUCAUCUGACCCGCAUCCAAUCCAGUGGCGGCGAUGCAGUUUAUUGGGAAACCACUAUCAAUUCGUUCCUCGACGAUUACAGGCUUGUCGAAGGGAUCAUGAUCGCUCACUCUGGGCGUUCUGUGGUUACCCUGUUUAGGUUCGGCGAGAUGGCAAUGAGCCAUACAAAAACAAGGAUGGAAGAAGCUUGGACUAUUGAAGAGGUUGCGUUCAAUGUUCCUGGGUUGUCGUUAGACUGUUUUAUCCCUCCGGCUGAUUUAAGAUCUGGUUCCAUAAGUGAAGCAUGUGAACUCCCUCAAGAAGAACGGGGAAAGAGCACGACUGCCCUUUCGGCCCACCGGGCUAAGGUUGCUGCCCUGGAGAAACCACAUGACUGCAACAUUGAUGCCAUGGUAUGGAAGAUGGAACUCUAAAUAAAGGGUAGGGAAAAUUAGAGAAAGUGUUUAUAGAGUAGCUAGGAUUUACCUGACAGACACAAGGUACAACGUAGGAAUCGAGUCGUUUAGAAAUUUUAUGAGUUAGGAUAUGCCUCUUAUCAAUCUGUAAAUAGAGCGUAAUCAUUCACAGGUUCUACCGGGGGCCUAGAUGGAUUUUUAUGCUCUUAACGCAGAAUCCAACUAUGGAGUUGGAGCUCGGUUUUCCCAGUAAAGGAUGGAGCAGUGGAGGUUUAUUUUUAUUUCAACUUCCAUUUUAGGAGGAAGAUGGUGACGCUUUGCUAUAUUGCAGAACCAUUUACCUUGAUCCUACUAAUUCCUUUUCCUAGAUGUAUACAGCGGCGGCAGUGACAAGAACACAGCUGCGCUUAUUGAAAUAUCGCAGUUCGCUAAUUCUAAUUUAUUUCUAAUUUGGUGUGGACUUUUUCUUGCUGGUGAAGUUGUGUGUGGCUAGUAGAAAAGAUGUGGAAGACUGGGCAUUAUUGAGGGUUUGUAGUUGUAAUUUGUCAGUGCAGUGAUGCCUGAGUAUAGAUAUUGUCAACAGAAAUUCUCUCACAUAUUGAAUGCUAGUGAAUGCAGAUAGAAGCAUCUUUCUCUCUUCA